AUGGUCAGAUGGGGUAUUCUGCCCACUACCUACAUUCCAAACAGUUGUUGCAUCAACAUCCACGAUGAGGGUGACUGCAUCUCUCCACACAUAGACCACCAUGAUUUUGUAAGGCCUUUCUGUAUAGUUUCAUUUAUGAGUAAGAGCAACAUCUUGUUUUGGAAGGAGAUCAACAUCAUCGGCCUGGGUGAGUUCAGAGGCUCUGUGGAGAUUCCCUUACCAGUUGGCUCAGUGCUUGUUCUUAAAGGUAACGGUGCAGACGUUGUCAGACAUUGCAUCCUAGGAGUGCGACACCGCAGAGUGUCCGUGACCUUUCGACGGAUGGAUGAUGACAAAAUGUCGUAUGGGUUUCAGCUGGAUCCGAAACUGGAAGAACUACUACCUUACAAGCUAUGA